AAAAAAAUUGGGAAGUAGAAACAUCACAAUCAUAAUCAAAAUCACAUCACCUUACCAAAUCUUAAUUCACAAACCAAACCUCUUUAAAUCGCCGACACUUUCUAUUCUUCCUUCUCUCACUCUUUCCUUCGACCACCAUGGAAGGCGUCUCCAACCUCCUCUUCUCCCUCCUCCUUUUGACUGCCUCCUCCAUUAGCACCACCGCAUUACCCGAUAAAACCGGGUCGAGUCAAAUAAACUCCAACUCCGUCCUCGUAGCUCUUCUCGACUCUCACUACACCGAACUAGCAGAGCUCGUGGAGAAAGCUCUUCUCCUCCAAACAUUAGAAGAAGCCGUUGGUCAACACAACAUCACAAUCUUCGCUCCUCGCAACGAAGCUUUAGAACGUAACAUCGACCCUGAGUUCAAAUCUUUCUUGUUACAACCCAAGAAUCUCAAAUCAUUACAAACACUCUUGAUGUUCCACAUUCUCCCCAAAAGACUCACUUCUACUCAUCUCUCCGCCUCGUCCGUCGUCAGCCACCGUUCUCUCUCCAACGAUCACCUCCAGUUCACCGCCGGUAAAGUCAACUCCGCCGUAAUCACCCGACCCGACGAUGUAACCCGACCCGACGGAGUCAUCCACGGGAUCGAACGUCUUCUAAUCCCUCGCUCCGUUCAAGAAGAUUUCAACCGCCGUCGUAACCUCCGUUCCAUCUCCGCCGUGUUACCGGAAGGAGCGCCGGAAGUAGACCCGAGAACCCACCGUCUCAAGAAAAAACCCGCACCAGUCCCCGCCGGAGCACCACCGGUUCUCCCGAUUCACGACGCAAUGUCACCAGGCCCGUCACUAGCUCCGGCUCCGGCGCCAGGACCGGGCGGGCCUCGCCACCAUUUCAACGGAGAGGCUCAAGUCAAAGACUUUAUCCACACUCUGCUCCAUUACGGUGGAUACAACGAGAUGGCGGACAUUCUCGUCAACCUCACUUCUUUAGCCACCGAGAUGGGUCGGCUCGUGUCGGAAGGCUACGUGUUGACGGUCUUAGCUCCUAACGACGAAGCUAUGGCUAAGUUGACUACAGACCAAUUGAGCGAACCGGGAGCUCCAGAGCAAAUAAUGUAUUACCAUAUCAUACCGGAGUAUCAAACCGAGGAGAGUAUGUACAAUUCUGUACGCCGGUUUGGGAAAAUCCGGUAUGAUUCUCUCCGGUUUCCUCACAAGGUAGAGGCUCAGGAGGCAGACGGUUCGGUUAAAUUCGGUCAUGGUGACGGUUCUGCUUAUUUGUUCGAUCCUGAUAUCUAUACAGAUGGACGUAUUUCGGUUCAGGGGAUUGACGGAGUUUUAUUCCCGGAGGAAGAAACUCCGGUUGAGAAGAAAUCCGUCGGUUCGGUUGUCAAGACAACCGCUAAACCGAGAAGAGGGAAAUUGAUGGAGGUAGCAUGCAGAAUGUUCGGUUCACAAUUUCACACAUGUCAGUGAGAUGGCCAAAUUUUAUCUGGACAUGAUAAAUUUUUAUAUCUGUAAACAUGUGAAAAAAUUUGUGAACAGAAUGAAAAGUAAUAAUGUAAAUGAUCAAUUUUUGGCUGGUUGCAACA